AUGAAGAGAGAACCCACUUACCAGAUUCACUCAGUCCCGCCACUCAAAGAACAAGAAGAUACUAUGCCAGCAACAAGCGAUUUUGUCAAAAGGCUAUACAAAAUGUUAGAAGAUCAUACCUUCUCUCAUGUUGUGUCAUGGGGCCCACAAGGCGACUGCUUUGUCGUAAAGGACAUGAAUGAAUUUACAAAAUCUAUCCUCCCACGCAUGUUCAAGCAUUCAAAUUUUGCUUCCUUCAUAAGACAACUCAACAAAUAUGAUUUUCAUAAAGUCAAAACACCCAAUGACGCCCAAUUCGGCGAACGCAGCUGGACAUUCCGACACCCCGAUUUCCAUGCCGACCGGCGUGAUGCCCUCGAAAACAUAAAGCGCAAAGUCCCCGCAGCACGUAAAUCCUUCCCUUCCUCCUCUAACAGAGAUCACAAUGGUGACAGAGGAGCAAGCUCCGGCAACUACAUCCCAGGCGAAACUAGCACCACCGAACUAGCAGCUGUGCAAUCCUACAUCGGCGUCCUGCAAAACUCAUACCAAUCGCUGUUCUCGUCGCAUGAUACGCUUUUAUCAUCCCAUGAGACGCUACGAGGACAGACAGAUUCUUUACUGGCGUCGCACUCGUCUUUACAGGCUCAGAAUGAUAAUCUAUUCACUACGAAUGAGACUUUGAGGAAUCAAGUCGUGAGAGCUGAAGAGCAGAUUAGGGUGUUGGAGCAUCAGUACGGGGACAUGAUGGUCAAUUUUCAAAAGGGGAUGGCACAGCAAGAUGCCUUGAUGCAAGGGUGGAUACAGUAUUUUUUAGGGGAGGGAGGUGAGUGUCGUUUUGUUGCUUUAUUUGUUUCUAUUAUGUCCCGUUUCUGA